AUGUUGGAUUGCGGGGCCAAUAAAUCCUUCAUCUUGAGAGGGGUGGUAGAGGAAUUGGGAUUGAAAACAGUGGGCAGGGAAGUUCUAGCUAUUCACACUUUCGGAAGUAAAACCGCUGAGCGUCGUGCUUACGAUAUAGUGGAGAUUACGUUAAGGAAUGUGCAACACCCGACUCGGUGUGUUAAAAUACAAGCGGUUGUUUUCGAGUCGAUUACCUCGGCGAAAAUUCAUACUCCAUCGCAGUGUGUUAGAAACAUAGCGUUGGAAAAGGGAAUUGAGUUAGCAGAUGUUAGUACUUCUGAGAGGAUUGAUGUCUUGAUUGGUUCGGAUUAUAUUUCAGACAUUUUAGGAGAAAGGAAUAUAAGGAUUAGUAAAAGAUUGAUUGCAGCUGAUAGUAUUUUCGGAUAUUUACUGCUGGGAAAGGAGAUGGGAAUUGAUUGUAAGGAGAUAUCUGCUAACCAUUUGAUCGUCGAGGGUGAGGAAUCGAGCUUUGAUAGGGUAAAAGAUUUGUGGUUAUUAGAAACGAUUGGGAUAAAUGCGGAUAAUGAAGUGUCGCUUUCAGAUAAAGAAAUUUUAAACUCGUUUCAACAAAAUACGACGUAUAAAGACAAAAGAUACGAAACUCGUUUGUUAUGGAAGGAGGAUAAUAAGGCAUUACGCAGUAAUUAUGAAAUUGCAAAGCGUCGUUUAUUCGGUUUAAGCAAAACAUUAGAUAGAAACAAAGAAUUAUUUGUUAAAUACGAUGGCAUCAUUAAAGAACACUUAAGAGAAGGUAUUAUAGAACGAGUAGAUUUGAAUUUAGACCAAAAUAUAAACACAGGUUAUUUUCUUCCACAUCAUGCUGUAGUGCGAGAACGGAAGGAUAGUACAAAGGUUAGGAUUGUCUUUGACGCAUCAUCAAAGGGAAAAGGCGCGUUAUCAUUAAACGAUUGUUUAGAGAGCGGACCGAACUUAAAUCCUGAUUUACUUGAAGUCUUGUUGCGGUUUAGGUUAAACAAAAUUGCAUUUAGUGCAGAUAUUCAGCGCGCUUUUUUAGAAAUAAGGAUCGCCGAGGAAGAUAGGCAGUUUUUAAAAUUCUUAUGGAUAAAAGAGGAUUGUCCUAAUCUCGGUUUCAGCCCUCACAAUAUUGAAACAUUUCAAUAUAAAAGAGUCACUUUUGGAGUGAAAUGCAGCCCAUUCUUACUUGCCGCAGUUAUUAAACUGCAUUUAGAAAAAUUCGAAAGUGAAUAUGAAGAAGCAUGA